AUGUUUGAGAAAAUUUUGUCACAUAAAAAAAGUGAUAACAUGUCAAAAACAGAUAUGAAAUUUUCUGAUUCAUACGAUUUAUAUGUUGAUUAUGGAAAAGGAAAACCAAUCAAAAUGACGGAUAACGAUGUUAAAACGGAAAAGACCGUAAAAGAUGUUGAACAAUUUCUUGUUAAACAUGCAAAUUUGAAAUUUGGAGUAGAAAACGGUCUAAAAACAACGAAAAAAAAAGAUCAAAAUGGAUUCGAUAAGAAAAAAGAUUCCAGAGAAAAACCACAAUUUGAUUCGACAAACAGCAGUGAACAUUCAUUGACACGAAAAUUCCUUCGAAAUGCUAAUGGCAGACAAGGUAAACGCUCUUUAUCGAAAGAAAAUGGUAUUACUGAUUUUGAUGACAGAUACUAUCGUCAUAUGUUAUGCCAGAAUUCUGUGCGAAAACCUGAGACCCAAAAUGAGUUCAACGAUAUUUCAUAUCAGUUAAAUAUGACACAUACUAAUAAUCCAAUUGAUUAUCAUGAGAACAAUGUUGAUUCGACAUUGAAGAACAAUGUUCACGAUUUGUUACGAAGAAAACUCACUCAUCAGUCAUCAAAAUACAAUGGAAAACCAUUUGAUAUUGUCAAUGCUCGUCAUUUCAUAUCAGAUUUUGUUGAAGAUACAAAAGAUAUUCGAUAUACGAGUUAUGAUGGACAUUCAAAACCUUACAAUUGGCAUGAUUCACUCAAACAAUCAACGUUUACUUGUCCGUAUCCUGUUACAGAUGAAUUCAAAAAAUAUCAUCAAAAAGGGUCAAAUUCUCCAAAAACAAGUGAAAAUACUGAUUCAAAAACAGCCGUUUAUCAGAUACCAAAUGGUAAAAUUAUUCAUGAACGAAUAAUUCUACCAAAUACGGUUGGUAGUGCAAAUCGACCAAGACCCAGCAACAAACACAAAGACACUACCGAAUCUGCACCACUAUAUUCAAUUAAUUCCUCUAAUGAUAAAGUGUCGUGUUUACGAAUUGCUGUUAAUGGCGCCUCGAAAAGUAUGCGUGGACAAUUACCCAUGGGAAAUAUGAAUUUGACAAAUGGAGAUUUUGGAGAUGAUGCCGGAAUGAUAUUAGAAAAUCGAGAUUUUUGUUUCGUAGGUUUGGCUGAUGGUGCUGGCGGCAAUCGAUCCCUAGGAAUAAAUCCAGCCGAUUUUUCUCGAGCAUUAUUAUCAUCUUGCCGAAAUAUUCUUAAACAAAAUCCUGUAUAUCCAAGUCAAUUGCCAAAAUUAAUCAUGUCGGCAAUGCGUGAAGUUGAAACGAGCAAAGUACGCGGUAGCAGUACCCUAUGCAUGUUAGCACUUGAUAAACGCCAACAUCAACUAACGUCGUUAAACAUUGGUGAUUCUGGUUACGUUAUCAUAAGAAACGGUUUUAUUUAUAGAAAAUCUAAAAGUACAAUGACGCCAACAGGCAAUGGACCACGCCAACUUUUUGCUGUGAACGAUUGUUUAGGUUUACCAUGUUUUAUUAAUGAAAAUGAAGUUUUAAGAGAUUGUGCUCUCGAUGUUAUCAAUGUACGUAAAGGUGAUAUUAUAAUAUUAUCAUCAGAUGGCUUAUGGGAUGUAUUAGCCAACGAUGCACUCCAGCGAAUUGUUCAGCGUAAUUCACAUAAACAUUUACAAGGUUUGGCCGAUGAUCUUUUAAAAGAAGGAGUCGACGGUUAUAUGGUUAAUGGUCGUGAUGAUAUCUUGGUCAUAGUUUGCAUGGUCGAUACACGAGAAGAAUAUUAA